UUCUCCCAACAAUCAUGAAAUAACAUUAGCAAAUCAAAGCCCUUAUAAAGUUUCAGACAGUCGUUCUGGUGAGGUGAGUACCUGGAUUAUGCUAGCAGCAUAUGUUAUGAACGAUCUUCAGAAUAUCCAUUCAUAGCACGUUCCUAUUUGCUUUCCUCCGUCUCCGAGAACUCAGCGUAUAUGGCACCGGUAAAAUCGCCGGGAGUUGCAAGCGAGCCAAGAUGGCUAAGAAGCUCAUCAAUCAAUGGGAGUUAUGUUGGGUGGAUAUGGAUGCAUUUGUUUCUUAUAUCUCUUCUCAUCUCCAGCCUCGCAAUGUCGCAAACAAUCUUGGACACCCUGCCCGGCUAUCCUGGCAAACUUCCAUUCAAACUUGAAACUGGAUAUAUUGCAGUGGGGGAGACGGACGAGUUACAACUAUUCUAUUAUUUUAUUGAGUCACAAAGAAACCCGGGGAAGGACCCUCUACUGCUUUGGCUCACCGGAGGUCCUGGUUGUUCUGGUCUCUCCGGUCUCAUCUAUGAAAUCGGACCACUCACUUUCGACUACGCCACUUUCAAUGGUAGCUUGCCAACAUUGGUGACGAACCCGUAUGCAUGGACUGAGGUUGCAAACAUAAUAUUUUUAGAUGCACCUGUUGGCACUGGAUUCUCGUACUCUGAAAGCCUUGAAGGUUACUAUAGCUCGGACACUAAAUCACCUUAUGACACAUAUAUUUUUCUUAGGAAGUGGCUGUUAAAUCACCCCAAAUUCCUAAAAAAUCCAUUAUACAUUGCUGGUGAUUCCUAUUCAGGCGUGAUCGUUCCCCAGGUCACUCUUCUUGUAUCAAACGGUAAUAUGGCUGGAUUGGAACCAACCAUGAAUCUCCUAGGUUACAUGCUUGGCAACCCAGUAACAGAUCUUCACGGUGAUGAGAAUUCAAGAAUCAAAUAUUUCCACCGUCUGACACUCAUAUCGGAUGAACUUUACCAAUCAGCUAAAACAAAUUGCAAUGAGGAAUAUGUUGAUCCAGAUCCAACCAAUUCGACAUGCAUUGAUGAUAUUGGACUUAUGGCACAGUGUACAGUAACUGUAAACGAUGCACAUAUUUUGGAACCCAAGUGUAGCUUUGCAUCCCCAAGACCAAACAGCAUGAAAUGGGGAAGAAAGUUCUUUGAAGACAUUCCUGAAGAGAUCAUCCAAUCACCAACCAAACGACAAGAGCAUUGGUGUAGGAAUAACAACUAUGUGCUCUCCUAUGUCUGGGCCAACGAUCAAACUGUCCAGAAAGCUCUUGGCAUUCGAAAUGGGACAAUAACAGAUUGGAAGAGAUGCAAUAAAAGCUUGGCUUAUGAUAGCAACCUCGUCACUGUGGUCCAUUAUCAUGAAGAACUUCUUAAGAGAGGUUAUCGCACUCUGAUUUACAGCGGUGAUCAUGAUAUGAUGAUUCCAUAUGUGGGUACAUAUGCAUGGAUAGAGUUUUUAAAUAUGACUCUGGUUGAUGGAUGGAGGCCAUGGUUUGUGGAUGGACAGAUUGCAGGAUUCACUGAGAAGUUCACAAAAUAUACUGGAGAUGGCUUGACCUUUGCAACAGUGAAGGGAGGAGGCCACACAGCUCCAGAAUACAAACCUGAACAAUGUCUUGAAAUGGCUGAUAGGUGGCUGUCUUACUUCAUUCUCUAAUCCAAUUGAAUUAUUCGAGUCUAUCUAUUUGUUGGUGGUUGGAGGUUUGUCAUCUGCUCUGCAACUGCAAGGAAGGAAGCUUGUCAAAGAUCAGAAGCCCCCAUUAUUUCUGCUCACGUAUUCAAAAAUAAAAUUUCCCGUAGCUUUUCCUUUUUUAAGAAAUCAGAACAGUACCACUAAGUUUGAGCAAUUGUAGUUCCCUCCCGAUCUGAAUGGCGAGAUUAGCUCUCACACAAAUUGCACUUUUUCGAGGAA